UGAUUUUUUUGAUUUUCGAAACAUCCUUCAAAAAGCCAUUGCAUGGUAUUGUCUAUUGAGGUGAGCUCUCGACUCUCUCUCAUUGCUGGAUGCUGUUCACAAGUGCAUGUUUGUGACCCAAGGAAGUUGUAUCAAUUGUACCAGUGCAAGGAUAAAAGGCUAGGCAGCGCUAUCUUAUCCUUGAGUAGAGUAGCAUGUAGCCAUGUCACUGCCCACAGCUAGAUUGCUGUCGCCCUGCAGUCACUUCGUGCAUCUGCAUUGCAUAAGACAGACACUGCGUUCUGUCAGCACUACUUCGGCGCUACACAGGCACGUCAGUCACAAGAAAACGUUUGCCAAAAAAGGCAUUGACAGUGAUGAAGGCGAAAGUCCUCAGGUGAGGCGCCCAGCCGCCCCAGAAGACUUGACUCCGACGAGUAAAUCCCCGUGGGGCUCAUCACAGUCCUUCCAGAAGCCGCCCACAAGGAUAUCGCAUGCACCUCGCUACACGAGGGAAGACUCCUUUCGCCAUGCUGCUGUGGAGAGAGACAGCGACGAUUUCUUUGGUACUCAGACAGAAAGCCGUGAGUCGCCGGAUGGUGUCGGAUCAGAUUACAGCUAUUCGCAAGAUGGUGUCGAGUCAUUUGGUGCCGGUAACACCUCUGAUGACACGGAAGUGUUAGACGAGGAUGAGAAUGAAGGCAUCGCACACAGUAAGCACAGCGCCAGGAAAGAGGCGGAUCAUGCACGGCGUAUGAGACGGCACAACUUUGACUUCUCAAAGAGUACACUGAUGCGAACCACCUCAAUUGAGCUGCCUCGAUCCUCUGAUGUGAAUCCUGGUCUUGAAGCCACGCUGAAGACAGACAGUGGCUUGACGUUUUCACAAUUGGGCGUGCAUGCGGCUGUUGUGAAGUGUCUGCAUGCUCUUGGUGUCAGGAUACCCACUGACGUGCAGGCCAAGGCUAUUCCAAUGAUUCUUGAACGACAGAGCCUAAUUGCGUCAGCUGAAACAGGUUUGUCUGCCAUGCCCUCGUGA